UACAACCUACGUUGUGUUUUGGAUUUUGGCCCCUUGUGCGAUUGAGUUUGACACCCUUGUUUUAUUUUCUCCCAAUCCUCCUCUGGAUCUUCCAGAUUCUCUGAAGAACUUUAGGGGCCUGGACAUGUGCUGGUUUAAGCAGCAGAACAUUUGGAGCUCCACGGGAUGUGAAUCUAAGACAACACAGUUCAAAUAUGUCUGGCGAGCAUCACUUUAACAUUCACCCUACUAAGCAAUUUCCAUGGAAUGUUCAUAACCACGCGAUUUUUUUAGGGUGCCACAAAAAAAAAUCAUGUUUUGUGGCUCCACAAGGGGUCGUUGUGGUCGCAGGGAUCUCCUCUCCUGUCGCUCCUCAAACAUCCAUCAUGCGUCACAAAGGUAGGACAUUUACAGGAAGCAUACUUCACAUUCUUUGUCUGACGGUAGGCCUUAAAGCCAAACCGACUUACCAGUCGAGAUAAAAGAGGCUGUGUCUCAGGUAGCUGCUCAAAACUUUAGACCAACAAUGAAAAUGUGAGUUUCUUAAGGUGUUUGAUUUAAGGACAAACUUAGAAAAAAUGUUCAAUGAAAGAGCAGAAGAAAAAAUCUGAUUUCACUUCUUUUUUUUUUCAUUUUUAUAAACACUUAGAUGUGAGCGCGAACUCUUCCACUCUUGGCGUGGUCAGAUAUCUCCUGUUUUUAGCACAUCCAUCAUUCCACGAGGACACGAGUCAGCAUCUUAACAUGAUGUGAUCAAUCACUAUCGAUCCAUGAAUUCGUUUGCAUAUUUUCAUUUCCACUCUUGUGUUACCCAGCCGUUGUUUUCUUCGUCCUUCUGUUCCAUCUGACGCGAGUUUUCCCCCCAAAUUUGUUUUUGUCCAUUUUCUGCUGUUAAAUGUCUCCACCGAGUGAGGAUUUGUUGCUGAUUCACAAAAAAAAAAAAACACGCACACAUUGUUUUCUUAGUUGUUUGUUACAUUCAAUGAAACUAUUUGUAUCUUUUCUUGUAAACCUUGCGGUCAAAAUAACCGUUGUUGGUGCUUCCUUGCAGUUUUACGCACACAUAUUUGGAACGCUGCCCUCCAAAAGCUGCGCAGAAAGUACAGCAGGUUUAACUUGUUUAUGCAAAAAACGUUCCGAACAAUAGAAGGCAAUAAAAUUAAAACUACUGCUGCAACAUAAAUGACAUCAACGUGGAAAACUUCAUUUAUUUGAUGAGAACCUUGAAAUGUGCGUUUUGUCGUGAUUGGCCCCUCCAUCACACAAUGCAUGCAUCCUUGGGGACUGUAAUCGUGAAUCACGUGAACAUGACCGAGAGUGUGGGGGGUUUGUUGGAUAAGAAAUUGUCAUUUAUAUUGACCAGCGGUGCUUGAUCAUUGCAGGAGAGCUUGGAGCGCGUUUGGAGGCGGACAUCUGGGGCUUGGAAGCCGCGCGCACUGCGACUAAGGGGCCCCGCAAACAUGGCAGAAGGAGUGUGCAAGACAGAAGAGGAAGAAGGACCGAGCACAGAGGAGGAUUCGCAGUCCUUCCAUGGAGUCGGCGUGUGUAAAUGGUUCAAUGUCCGCAUGGGCUUCGGGUUCCUGUCCAUGACCAAGCGGGAGGGAGUGCCGCUGGACGAGCCGGUGGAUGUCUUUGUCCACCAGAGCAAGUUGCACAUGGAAGGUUUCCGCAGCCUGAAGGAGGGGGAAGCAGUGGAGUUUACCUACAAGAAGUCGUCUAAAGGCCUGGAGUCCCAGCGAGUCACCGGACCAGGAGGCAUCUACUGUGUGGGCAGCGAGCGGAGACCCAAAGGCAAGAAGGUCCAGAAACGACGCUCCAGGUGCUACAACUGCGGAGGUCUGGACCACCACGCCAAAGAGUGCAAGUUGCCGCCUCAGCCCAAGAAGUGCCAUUUCUGCCAGAGCAUCGAUCACAUGGUCGCCAGCUGCCCAAUCAAAGCACAACAGUCCUCGCCGAGCUCUCAGGGAAAACCGUCUCCCUUGAAAGGAGACGAGGGAGGUUACAGCCACCCGGCGCCGCCUCCCGAGACGUCAGAUUAAACUAAAAGGUCGGGCCUCGAUUGAAGCACAGAAGCCAAUCAAACUGCUUCGACGGCGAGGAAGGUCAUCGAUUCCUUCCCGGCUGUUGAAGCUGCUUUUGGAUUUACCUCAGGUUUUUUUAAGAAAAAAAAAAAGUUUUUUCCAACUGGUGUAACACUCAGGAAGACUGCUGUAUUAUUGCACUCGCAAAGUUUGCUAGAUGAAAGAAUCACUGCUGUUUAGAGGGGGUGUGAGGUCGUAGAGGGCGAAACCACUUUGGUUUUUUCAGGACCGAUUCUGCGGGACAAAGAGCCUUUUUGUCGAGGCUUUCAAACACCCACAAUAUAUGCAUAAGACUGAAUAGAAUAGAUUUAUACUUUUUUGCUGCCUUACAAAUUUCAUCUCUUUCCUGACUGUUACACCUCAUUUUUUAAGAAUGCAGAGAUGUAAUAGUUAGCAAUGAAUGUUAGUGCGCAUAUCACAUGGGAAGUGGGAGGGAUCACGAGGAAAAAGAACAUUUUGAUGGGUUUAAGGGUAUAGCUUUUGGCAAUGAAAUGGUAUUUUCAAUAUUGCAGUUGACCAUCCAGUUUUCCUGGGGCCAAAUGAAUGUCAGACCAAAAGUUGUUUUCAGGUUUUGGUCAGUUAUAUAUCUAUUUUUUUGCUUAUUAUUUUUGUUUUCUUUAUCAUUCAGCUUUUUGCUGGCUAGUCUGGUCUACCUCACUGGUGCAUGUAUCCUCACUGCUUACAAUAUCCAGAUAUUCUCAGACUAGAGCUUUGGAGAUUGUAUGUUGGGUUAAAUCAAAUCCUUUUUGCACUACAGUAUUUACACUCAGUCGACGUGAAAUGUGAUAUUUUUAAAAAGGGUAGCGGAACAUUUGGAUUGCGGGGAUUUGCCGCCUCUUGUUGCUCCAUAGGUGGUGGUGGUGUUGACUGAAGGUACCGAUCAUUGUGAAACUGCAUUAUUAUGUAAGGUCUGAAUGUAUUUUCAUCAUCAAAAGCUUAAACUUUCCACCAGAUUGAUGAAGUGAGACAAAAUACAAAAGGUUUUAACCACAAACCACUAACUCAACAGAAGAUGGUCAGUUGCUCUGUUUGAAGUGGCGCCGCGAUGUAGUUUCGCAAUUGCUCAAAGCCUAACAAUGGUUUUACCUCAUCUUCUGUCAGCAGGUGAAGAAAUACAGUCUAAUCUGACCCAAAGAUGGCAGCAGAACGCUGCCGUCUGUGUUAAACAGUGCUGCUUUUUACUGAUUUUAACAUGACGGAAUCACACUUGAAAUAGACUGAAGAAUCUUAUUACUUGAAGAAAACAAAACCGAGGAAGAAUCAGACACGGUGAUGCCGGUGAAAUGACUGGUGCUUUUAAUUUAUAAUCCAGUAUGAUCAAUUUCUAGGUAGUUAUUUAAGCCUUUACCUCCCUGUAAUCUGCGGAAGGGUGAUAGUUCAGGAACACCACGGAGGAGCAUAUAGGUCUAGCUAGCUAAUCAGCGUUUUACUCCCGUUUUACAGGAGAAGCUGACGUUACAUCCAAUUAAUAUAUAUGUAAAAUUAUUCUAAAGCCUUUUUAAAAAGAUCAUACUACUUAUUUAUUUUCAUUCAAGAGUACUGCAGCUUAUCCCUCUGCUCCUGUUGAGGCCUCUCAGUGAAUAAAUGAGACAUCAGAAAACUGCAAAGUCAUUUUUCUUUUUUUAUAUUUUCAUUUUUUUAACAUCCGGGUACUCUCAUUGUACAUACGUGCUUGAUUGAUGUAAUUUUCCUUAAUUUAAUUCAGUAUAAACACAAUUUAACAAUAGUUUAUCACUAGUUAAGAGUAACAAUAUAAAAAAACAUGCUGCACACAUGGUAAAAUGAGAACUGUGAGGGUUUUUUAUUAGAUUUUUUUUGUUCUUUCUUCAUGUGAGUGCUUGAUGAGCCUUUUUCAGACAAAACGAUCAUUGUCAUCCUUAUCUAUGCCAAAACCAAUGCAAUGUCACUGCACUAAUCAUGUGUAAGAUGCAUUAAUUUGUUUUAUCUAUAUGUAAAUAUUUCAUUUUUUUAUAUUUUUGAAUAUAUAUCUUGAUUUUUUUUUUAUAUACUUUUUUUUUUAAUCUUCAGUUCUGAAAUGACGUAUAGUCUUUUGAUUGUUGAGGGGAAAUUAAACAAUCUACUACGGUGAUUAUCUCAGGAAUGAAUCAUCUGAAACUCAGGGAGCGCUUCAGAUUGAUUGGAGUUUUGUGACAAAGCAGGGAUCGAAAUGCUCAUCCGCAUGAUGUGAAGAGAAGGUGCAGUUGUUUUAUUUUAUUUUUGUCUUAUUUACUGGGCAUUUAUUAGAAAACUGUGAAGAUUUUGGUCCUAAAAGCAACAGCUGCAAAUGUUGAUUCAUCUUUUCAUGUUACGAUUCUUUCUUUUUCUGUAUUUUUCGACAUAAUAUAAAAACAAGUGUUUGUAUUUUUUCCUCUAUAAUCGUUGUAGAUGGGGAUGUUGUAGAAGAUUGUAAAGGGACUGGGGCUUGUAGUAUUUAAUCAUCGUCUCAUCUCAAGCUUUUGAUACUUGGUGUUCCAGACUAUCAGUGCUUAUGACAAGAAGAAUGUCACGAAUGAUUGACACACAUCGUUUUCCACGCUUCCAUGCAAGGCGGCGCCUUGUAGAAGUUCUCACCGUUUGGCGUUCAGAGAAUCAAACUGAUGAUUCUACUCAGGUUUUUAAAGAAGUGCCGUCGUAAAGCCAGCUGACUUUUCUGGGCAUUUUUUUAUUCAUUAUGUCAAGUGCCAACAUAAUAUGAACAAAUUAUUUUUAUUCUAUUAUUAAAAAAAAUAAAAAAAGGACAAGCAGAACUUUUUUAAAAGCAUUAAUUGUGCCAUUUGUCAAGCUCUGACGAACAGGAACUUGGAAGGCCACUGUUUGGAUGAAAGUGUUCUAAUGUCUGCAAUAUUCUACGUUGUUAAAGCCAGACAUGUGAUUGUAACAAACCUGAUCAACACAUCACUGGUGUGUUUUUGUGAUUUUUAUUGUUGAGCCUGAGAUUUGCUCUGUUCAGUGUAACUUUUGAAACUUCUCAAGCUUUUUUUGUUUUUUAGGUAGUGGUUUGUGACUAUCAGCCAUUUAAUUUAUGGUGUAUUUUAUCAGGUACAGAAGACAAGAGUUACCUCAAAAACGUGCAUUUAUUAACACGAUGAAUGUAUAACUAACUACUGCCACUGAACUACAGAUGUGUUGAACUCAGGCAAUUUACUGAUUAGUUUUUCAGCGAUGAAACAGCAUGUAAGAGUUUGAAAGUAUUACUGUGAUCAUGUUUCUCUGUGUAAAGAUCUGCUCUUUUUCAUAAUAAAGAAGUCAGUUUUGAUUUCCCAUGAGUGUACUCUUACUAUAAAAGAUUUUUUUAAGUUUUUAGUCCAAAAUAUUCCAGGCAUGGAGAACCUGGAUUCAAUUCCCAGGGGUGCAAUGAGUUUAAUCCACUGCGGGUCUUUAGCCAACCCCCAUUUACAAUUCUGCCCAGGUCUGGGGUUCCCUGUGCCCGUCCCCAGCCCAGAUAAAUACAGGGUAGAGUCAGGAAGGAUCCGGCUUAAAAAUCUCUGAGUGUGAAUCAAUGAAAGCUGAUUGACUGUGGAAAUCCCUGACGGGAUGUACCGGACAGUGAAUAAGUGAGCACAUGAGGCAAAAGCUAUUAUAAGAUUUUUACGUGCCAGCAAAGAAAAAAAAUUCAAAAAAUGAAUUUAUUUUUAGAUGUGACAUGUUUUGAAAGUUACUAUAAUAGGUCUACAUUACAAAUUGCUUGCAUGUGUUCUUCAAAAAAUAUUUUUUUCUGUUAUUCCUUAACAAGCUUUAACACUUAAGCAUAUAGUAAAUAAACUGUGAUGUGGUAAAAUCAGCU